CCAUGCAUUCGUCUUCUGGUCUGUUAGAUUUAAUGGUGUCUUAGCAGAUUUGUAACAGUAAAAAAUAGGGUUUGUUUAAUGUAUUUAUUGACCAUCUAGUUGACUGUUUGGAAGCAAAUAUCUUCAGUGAACAGUCAGAGAUGUUAAAGACUGAGGACAAGGAGUAUUCCCUGACAGAAACUACAUGAGGAUUAAAGUACUGUAAAAAGAAAAUGGACCAAUCAAUCGUUAGUAAUAAAACAGAUGAUUUCUCUGAAGUUCCCUUUAUUCAGGCUGCGGUUCAUCACUUCCAGCCAAACUACACUGCACAGAGUGGUGGCAAUGUGGUCGCUCCUUCCAUAAUUGGUUCAAAUGUUGGCAACAUAAACAUCAAUAUCUUCUCAGCAACGCAAGAGUGUAAAGAGGACCUCAACAAUGACCAUACAGACAGCUGUGGUGCUCUGCCGCCUGAAAUUGACAAGGUUGCAGAAAGUCAACAAAACCUGAAAGCCACUCUGAGGAGGAAGUUCAGCCACAUUCUCGAGGGGCAGGCGACAGAAACAAACAAAAUCUCUCUCAAUAACAUUUACACAGAGCUCUACGUCACCGAGGGAGGAAGCGGCGAAGUCAACAAGGAGCAUGAGGUGAGACACAUCGAGACGACACCCAGGAUCCAUGUGGGCCAGGAAAAAUCAAUCCACUGCGAUCACCUGUUCGCUCCUCUGCCUGAACAUGGCUGUGACAUAAGGACUGUCGUCACACGGGGAGUUGCUGGCAUUGGAAAAACUGUUUUGACCAAUAAAUUCACUCUGGACUGGGCGGAGGAGAGAGCAAAUGAAAACCUAGAAUUUGUAUUUCCACUUUCGUUCCGAGAGCUGAACUUGAUGAAGAAGAAAAACUUCAGUCUAGUGGAGCUUCUUGUUGUGCUUUUCCCUGAAAUUAAAGACAUAGAAAUUUUCACUAAUGUGAAAAAAAACAUGCUCUUCAUCCUCGAUGGCCUGGAUGAGAGUCGCCUCUCUUUGGACUUCAACAGAUGUGAAAUACUGUCAGAUGUGACUCAAACUACCACAAUUGCCGUAUUAAUGACCAACCUCAUUAGGGGCAGAUUGCUCCCUAUGGCUCUCGUGUGGAUCACAUCACGCCCCGUAGCUUCCAGUCAGAUCCCAGCGAACUGCGUUGAUCUAGUGACUGAAGUUCGAGGUUUCAACAACCUGCAAAAAGAUGAAUACUUCAGGAGGAAAAUUAGUGAUGUGAACUUAGCAAACCGGGUGAUAGCACAUGUGAAAACCUGCAGGAGCCUUCACAUCAUGUGCCACAUACCAAUUUUCUGCUGGAUGGCAGCGACUGUUUUCGAGAAAACAAAAGAGAGCAAAGACACACCAAAGACUCUCACUCAAAUGUACAUACACUUCUUAUCCUUGUGUGAGGAGGCAAUGAAGAAAAGGCUGACAGGAAGAAGGGAGUCAAAUGCUGACUGUGUGAGAGCUAAUCUCCUGGCUUUAGGAAAGCUGGCUUUCCAAGAACUCGAGAAAGGCCACCUGAUCUUCAAUGAAAGCGACCUAAAGCUGAAUGGUAUCGAUACUGAGCAGGCAUCCAUGUUCUCAGGAGUCUACACACAGAUCUUCCAUGAGGAGAUGACAGUGUGCAAGGAGAAGAUGUUUUGCUUCGUGCAUCUGAGUGUUCAGGAAUUCUUUGCAGCGUUGUAUGUCUUCCUCACGUUCCACAACGACAACGUUAACAUCCUGGUGAAGUUGUCCGCAUCACGACGCUUUCUAUCCAGACCAUCUGAGCUCACCCUCUACAAAGAAGCAGUGGAAAAGGCUUUGCGGAGUGAGAAAGGAGAUUUUGACAUGUUUCUACGCUUCCUUUUGGGGCUGUCCCUGGAGUCCAAUCAGACGCUGCUGAAACAUCUAAUGGUCAACAACCGAACACAACAAAAGACAAGAACUGAAAUCGUUAAACACAUAAAGGAGAAGAUCAGGUCCAGUCCAUCACCAGACAGGUGCCUCAAUCUCUUCCACUGUCUGAACGAGCUGAAUGACCACUCCCUCGUGAAGGAAAUUCAGAGCUACCUCAGCUCAGGUAGCCUUAACAGAGCCAAUCUUUCACCUGCCCAGUGGGCCACACUAGUUUUUGUAUUACUGACAUCAGAAGAAGAGCACAGUACGUUUGAACUGGGCAACUACACCAGGUCAGAGGAGGGUCUUCUCAGGCUGCUACCUGUCGUGAAAACAGCCCAAGUAGCAAAUCUGAAUGCAUGCAACCUUACGUUGACCUGCUGUGAGAACCUGGCGAAUGCCAUCAGUUCAUCCCAACUUAGAGAACUGGACUUGAGUAACAACAAUCUGACAGAUGUAGGACUAAUGAAGCUCUCCAGUGGGUUGAGGAACAGCAAAGUGGAGGCGCUCAGACUGAGGAGCUGUAGCCUAACAGAACGCAGCUCCAAUGACCUGGCAUCAUUUGUCAGCUCUGCCUCUUGCCUGCUAAAACUACUGGACCUGAGUGAUAAUGAGUUUCACGAUUUAGGAGUUAGAAGGUUUUCUGAUGGACUGAGGAGCUCUGACUGUAAACUGGAAACCCUCAAUUUGUCCCUGUGCAGUGUGGGAGAAGAGGGCUGCAUUUUCUUGGCAUCUGCUUUAAACUCAUGCCACCUGAGAGAGCUGGACAUGAGCUACAACCACCCAGGGAACUCAGGGUUGAAUCUUCUAACAGCUCUGAAAGAGGACCCACAAUGCAGCCUGGUGAAACUCAGCAUGGACCAGUGUGGUGAGUUCCGGAUUCAGCCAGGUCCAAAGAAAUAUAUCAUCAAACUCACCCUGGACCCAAACACAGCACAUAAAGAUCUUUCUCUAUCCGAGGAAAACAGGAAAGCAACACGCUGGACCAAGCAGCCAUAUCCAGACCAUCCAGAAAGGUUUGAUUUCUGGCCUCAAGUGUUGUGUAGAAAAGGGCUCACAGGACGCUACUACUGGGAGGCGGAGUGGACUGGGAGAGUCUUCAUAGGAGUAGCCUACAAACGAAUAUCCAGGAAGGGAGAGACUGAUGACUGCUGGUUAGGUCGAAAUAACUCCUCCUGGGGCUUGAACUGCAACAAAGAUGGAUACAAAGCCUUGCACAAAGGCACAGGCAUUCCUAUAACCACCAAACCCAACUCCAACAAAGUAGGAGUAUUCCUGGACUGGUCAGCAGGGAUGCUCUCCUUUUACAUGCUCUCCUGUGGUUCCCUUAAACUCCUUCACACCUUCCACACUACCUUCGAUGAGCCUGUUUACCCCGGGUUUCACCUUGGCUGGGUGGACUCAAAGGUUUAUUUGUGCUAAGUAUCGCCAAUCUGCUUUUCUGAUCUGGAGACACCCGAGAAUUCUGUUUCAUCUAAAUGCUGGACUUCUGAGCCUGAUGCCCAUAAUGUGAUAAAAGAGCUGCAGCUAAUUUCAAAUUACACCAGGAUUCUUUUUGGUUGCUAUUAGCCAUAUUGGCUCUGUAUGGAAUGGUAAUUCUGGACAGUUCAGAACUUUGGAUUCAAGCUGAAACAUUGCAUUGUAUAUAUUUCCAUGAAAUGAGUGACAAUGAUACUAGUGAUGUGAGCUUUUCAGAUAACACCACACUGUGUGGUCUUAAAGGAACGAAAAAAGGUUGACUGUGAUCAGUACCUAGCCUGCUGUGAAGGUGCUUCUGUUAUUCACUGUGAUGUUUAUUUAGAUGACAUCACGUUUAAAAUGUACUUACCAGAAAAACUGAACUUUAAUCUCUUUAGAGCAGGGUCUCAAACUUAAAUGAGCUGUGGGCCACUGCUGGCACUGUCAUCUGAUGUGAAGGCCACUUCAGCACAAAAAACACACAAACAAGAAAACACAUAAAUAUUUCCAAAAAUGUUUAAAAUUUCAAAUAUUGUAUAACAAGAUAAAACUGCAAACAUGAAUGCAUUAUUUCCUCACUCUUAACUGACUGAACUACCAAAUAAACAAAUUGGUCCUCUCUUUCUGAUACAGUUUCACAAGAAAACCACAAAGUUGAUAUAGCUGCAAAAACAGCUGCACAGGAAGGCAUACCUUUGACCUUCACUAUGUUACGUGAUUAUUUUGAAACCACAUUAGAUCAGCACCUAAACCCGAGAAAGACUAAAAACAGAGCAAUAGAAAAUGCAGAGGGAAUUCUAAAGCGACUAAAUAGAAAACCAAUCCUAGCUAACACUUUAUAUAGAUACAACACUCCAAUAUUGCCUCAACAGGAGGGAUGGUAUUUAUAACAGUGUUUACUACAUAUGGAUUUAGUAACUACUCAGAAAAUAUUGUGCAAGGUGUGAAAUACGCAUACAAAUGGAUUCAACACACUCACAUGGAUUAUGUAGAAAUAUUGCUUAGUAAUGAUUGACCCUUAUUCUAAAUGAGUGGAGGCUUUUCCCUGUGCUAAACUGGACUCAUACACACCCCAAUAAAAGAAAUAAUUCCCAGAUUUGGAAUCCGAGAAACACUAUAUAGAGAUAAGGGUAAGGAUUUUAUUAAUGAAGUAAUAAAUAGACAAGCUCAAAAUUGAAGAAUAAGCUUAAAAAUCACUGCACAUAAUUACAUUUUCAAUUUUUAUUCUGACACAUAUCUAAGACAAAACACAUAACCAAUUUUUUUAAAAUGUACUUAUACGCAAAGGAUGUGUUCAGUCAACAAUCUAUCUAUCUAUAUAUCUAUAUCUAUAUAUAUAUAUAUAUAUAUAACGUUUCUUGACUCCAAACUGGUCUCAAACUGUGAAGCUGGGUGCAAAAAAGGGCAUCAACAUCUGUCAUGUGCUUGUUUCCACAUUGAUAAAACCACGAUGAUUACAUUUUAGUGUGAAUUUAUUAGGUCUGUUUUAUCCAUUUCCCUAGUGCUAUGGUUUAGAU